UCCUUUGCAAAUAACCCCGUGUUAAGUCGCAACUUGUGUAUUUUACAUCCUCGCGAACCCACAGAUGGGCAGUUGAUUGCAAUCGGCAGCAGAGACAACUACAUCUACGUGUACAACGUGAUGGUCAGGGGCACCAAGUACACGCGACUGGGCAAGUGUUCGGGCCACUCCAGCUUCGUUCUCCACUUGGAUUGGUCCGAGGACAGCCAAUACCUGCGCUCCACCUCUGGCGACCACGAACUCCUCUAUUGGUCAGCGGCUAACUGUCGACAAGUUACUUCGGCGAGCAGCAUGCGCGACGUGCGCUGGGCCAGUCAGCGCUGCCACCUCGGCUUCCAAGUGGUGGGCAUUUGGCCGCCGGAGUCGGACGGCUCGGACGUGAACGCCGUGGCGCGCAGCCACUCGACGCGCCUUCUGGCCACGGCCGACGACUUCGGACAGGUCAACCUCUUCCGCUACCCCACUUGCCAGCUCAAGAGCAAUCCACGAUCGUAUGGAGGCCAUUCUAGCCACGUGACGAACGUCGACUUCCUCUUCGACGAUUCUCGCCUCAUUUCAGCCGGAGGCGCGGAUACGGCCAUUCUGCAGUGGGAAGUAAUCACCUAG